GAUACCACCAGCUUGCCUUGGCCAUUUCGUUUGAAAUCCACGCCCUGAUGGCCAUGGUGAAGCCGUUCCCGCGACUUCGCGGAGGUGAGGAAGCAUGAGGAAGAGUAUCACACCCAGGACGGCCGGCCCUCUCUCGGCCCGGUCCCGUGGAAAUCCGUCCAGACUUCUGGCUGGGCGCCUCAUUGUCGAGGCGUCCGCCACGAAGGCUCCGGCGUCCGUGCCUGCGGGCUUCGAGGAGCCGGACGAGGUGGACGAGGAUGAAGAGUUUCGGGACUUGCGAAAGCAGGUGAAGCAGCACUUGCUGGAGCGGCGCAACAGCCGCAGCACACCACGAGAUGUCGAGCCCUUGUCAGCGCGGUCUCGCACCAGCCGUCCCAAUAUCACCGCUGCGGCUGUCUUAGGGCCGUCCGGAGGUGUGGGAGUAGAUCCAAUCUACUUUGACUACGGUGCUGCCACCAGGGCCUUGCGCGCCAAAGUGCAAGAAGAGAAGGCUGCUGUGGCAGGUGAAGAUGCUUCGACCAAGGAGAUGGUGACCUUUCUGUCUGCGCAGGGCUUGUCCGGCCCGUUGAGGGCCUAUGCCAAAGCUUUGGCGCUGCAGGGCGUGACACAGCCGAGCGAGCUGAUCAAGACAGAGAAUUCGAGGUUGAGCCGACUCUUAACUUUGUCAGAGUUCGACAGCACGGAUGAGCUCUUGCUCUUGGAUGGCCUUCGACAACUACGUUAACUCCUUUCUUGAAUGAAUUAGUCGGUGCCUGUGGAUGAGACGGUCGCAUCAAAACUACUCCCA